AUGCAGAUUUACUCCGAGUCACCUGCACCAUACAAGGCCGAUCUGUACGAGCGACUCGGGAGGGUCUAUACGACCGCCGAGUUUGACGAACUGUGUUUCGAUUUUGGUAUCGAGCUCGAUGAGAUAGGCAAUCAAGCGUGGUCUGCCCGCCGAGCGUCCCAACUUAAAAUAGAGAUUCCGGCCAACAGGUAUCGCCCGCGCCUGCGCAUCUUCCUUGGAAAAGAAAAGGCUCCCGAAUAUAAACUCGUCUCCCCAAAGGGAGGUAUAGACGACUACCUACAGUUACUAUCAAACCCGAGGUACGGCCUCACCGCCCAAAUUCGACCCUACUUUGCCGGCGCCAUCUUGCGCAACGUCAAGUUCACACCGCGCUCGUAUGCGUCCUUUAUCGACUUGCAGGACAAACUUCACCAGAAUAUCGCCCGGAAACGCCAGUUGGUUGCGAUCGGAACGCACGAUUUGGAUACGCUCAAGCCUCCGUUCACGUAUGAGGCUCUUCCUCCGGACCAGAUCAAGUUCAUUGCACUCGGGAAGGCCCAAGAAACGCGCGCUGACGAGUUGGUUGAAAUCUAUCGCGGCGAGAAACAUCUCUCUCGAUACCUGCACAUUAUCGAAAACUCUCCGGUUUAUCCGAUUAUCUACGACUCGAACCGAACAGUUUUGUCCAUGCCGCCCAUCAUCAACUCGGAGCACUCGAAAAUUACGCUCAACACCCGGAACGUAUUUAUUGACUUGACCGCGACUGACGAGACCAAGCUUGCCAUCGUGACCAACGAGAUGGUAGCAAUGUUCAGCGAGUACUGCGAGGAGCCAUUCACCGUCGAGCCGGUGCGUCUCAUCCUCCCCGACGGAUCGACCAAAAUUACACCAGACCUAUCUCUCCGUCCGAUGAGCACAACAGCAGCAUACAUCAACUCCUUCACGGGACUCACCCUCACACCACAAGAGCUCGCGCCCAUGCUCCAACGAAUGGGCCUCCAGGCAACAGCGACCAACGAACCCGAUGCGGACUUGACGCUCUUGAUCCCUCCUACCCGCCCGACAUCCUCCACCCCAGCGUUCCCGGCCGUGAAUACUGUGGCACAACCGCUCGAAGAGAGAAUGUGCCAUGUGCGGUGGAUCGAGGUCUUGCCGCUCAUCCUUUGCUCGCACGACGAAAACUUUGCGUGGUUGAAUCGAACGGAUGACGGAAAGGUGGCUGUUAAACUUGCGAACCCCAAAACGCUCGAGUACCAAGUUGUUAGAACAAGUCUUUUGCCAGGGCUACUCAAGACCAUCCGAGAAAAUCGCGCGCACCCUCUCCCUAUCCAAGUAUUCGAGACUUCGGAUAUCGCGCUCAAAGACGAUACGCACCAGCGCCGCGCACGCAACGUUCGUCGUGCUGGGGCCGUGUGGUGCAACAAGUCGGCCGGGUUCGAGGUCGUACACGGUCUGCUCGGGCGAAUCAUGAGCGUUCUCGAGGUUCCGCGACUGGAACUCGUGACGGAAAGCGUGUACAGGCUGGAAAGGGCGUCGAGGGCGAGGGAUGGUGGAUCGAGGGAUACGACGCCAGGAGAAAAAAUGCUCGCAGAUCCUACCUACUUCCCUGGACGGGCCGCCAAGAUUUUCUACCGCCCACGAAAGGGAACAGAAACCAAGGAGCCCACACCCUUGCUCGAGGAUUCGACAGUGAUCGAUACCGCCUCAUCCAAAACGGCCGAAUCUGCGCCUCUCACCGCCACUCCCGCCGCGACCACCGCAACCUCGAAAGCAAGCGAACUCCUCUCCAACAUCAAGUCCACCAUUUCUUCCGUCAUCGCGUCCCCGCUCGAACCAGUCAAGACGGGCCUCAAGGAAGGAUCCGCAGAAAGCACGCACCCGCCCCGUGCGGACGGAGUCAUCGAGAUUGGAAGUUUGGGCAUCUUGCAUCCGAGUGUGUUGGAAAAGUUUGAGAUUCCGUAUCCGUGCUCGGCUCUGGAGUUUGAUUUGGCGCCGUUUGUCAAGGAGGAGCGGCCGGUUUGGGAGUGA